AUUUUUUUUGAUUCGGUCCAAGAAAGGUGUCGUUUAGGGUUAGCGUAGCUUUACCUCAAAGUCUCUCCUUAUGAAGAUAAUCGUUAUCUGGAGCUGAUGACUUCGAAUCUUCUCGCUCUAAUCCUCCUCUCGAUUUCAAAUCUAGCUCUGCGCUCUGGUGAUCAACUUAUUGAUAAUUGAGGAAGAUACUGGGCUUUCUUAAGCUCUAAACCAAAUCUUCUUCACUCUGGCCGCUUCUGCAAAGACGUGUGCUUCUCGCACCUCUGCGCAGGUGUGGGGUGGCCUUCAACUCCUGCCUUCACUUUCUCUUCCAAGCAUUUCUCUAGCUUCAAUCAUCUGGAGGCUACGCCGUGUCUCCGAGGGUCUAACCCUUGAUUACGGCUAACAUUCGUUCAUCAACCUCCAAAACUUUCCUUUUCCUUGCAAAAAAAUCUAAUCGUUUCUACUUGGUGGUGUAUAUUAAGUUUAAACAGUUUUUUAGUUUUUAGUUUCCUCUUUUCUUCAAGUGGGUGAUGUACUCUAUGUUAUUGAGUUUGACACAAUGGUAAGGUUUUCAUGCUUCUACCCCCAUAGACCUAAGAAAUCCGAGGAAGGGGUGAUUAGAAAAGAUGGGUCUAAAUCAAAAGGGUUGAGCUCAAUCAUAUUUGGAAAAAACAUUCCUUCUGUUAGUGAAAACAGCAAACCAUCCGGCUCUACAGGUGUUGAGCGUGUCUGGAAAUCCGAGGAGAUUAAACCCAGUGGCGUCCUUGAGCAUGAUGCCGGGACGCAUGAGGCACGUCACCUCAAGAAAAGCCAGUCUCAUGGGGAUGAGCUGUACUUGGAUGUGAGGGAAGCCGCAGAUAAUGGAACAGAUCUGAUCACUUCUCCAGAAAGCUGCAGCAAGCGUGUAGAAGGAAGUCCUCCUAAUCUGGUUCAGAAAGAUCCUCCAGGUUCAGUUUCUGCUUACCAGGAGGGCUCUGAACAAGCACUCUAUGGGUCUAUCUUCUCGGUUGGAGAUCAUCAUCAUGCUGAUGAAGACAGCCGUCAGCUCGAUGAAACCUCGUUGUUAUCCGGUGAAGAACAGAUGGACAACUCAAACAGCCAAACGCCGUAUGAUUCACCGUUGCUUGUGAGGUCAAACUCAAUGCCUAACAUUGCUGACUCUGCAUCAGAGAAAUCUUCACCUUCUCACCACUCUAGAUCCUCUGAUGACCUUCACGUUCUAGACACGCACCAAACAGAUAAGCUGAAGCAGGAGCAAGGUCAAGAUCGGGACUAUGAUGAUGAUGGAUAUGACUAUUCUUCCCUGGCAAAAGAUUGGAUAGUACCACCUACAGAUGAGCUCAAGUUAACAACCUUCCUCGAAGGGGAAACAUCAAACAAGGCAGCAGAGUUUCCAGGAAAGGAUUCUAAGUUCAAGCGUAUUGAGGAUUGGGUCAAUGACCUUCAGCAUGUAGACUUUUCAGAGGAAGCUGAUGAAAUAAACGAUGACGAGUUACCUAGAGAGCCUGAGCCGACAACAGCUCCUGCUAAAGUAGAUGUCAUGAAGUCAAGUCCUGGAAUGGAAGCUGCUAAAAAGUAUAUAUCCUCUAUGAGUGCUUCUGCUACCACAGUCCAGCUGGUUAGUUAUGGUCUGGUUGAGAUACCGUUCCUAAGUGCAUAUGCUGGCCUGAGAGUUCUCAAUCUCUCGGGAAAUGCAAUAGUGAGGAUAACCCCUGGUGCUCUUCCUAGAGGACUACAUGCAUUGAACUUGUCAAAGAACAGCAUCUCUGUGAUUGAGGGACUACGCGAACUCACUCGUCUUCGAGUGCUAGACUUGAGAUACAACAAAAUCCUGAGAAUUGGUCAUGGUUUGGCUUCUUGCUCCUCUCUGAAAGAACUAUACCUAGCUGGGAACAAAAUCAGUGAAAUCGAGGGUCUUCAUCGUCUCUUGAAACUAACUGUCUUGGACUUACGCUUCAACAAGUUUUCAACCACCAAAUCUCUCGGUCUGCUCGCUGCGAAUUACAGUUCUCUUCAGGCUAUAAGCUUGGAAGGCAACCCUGCACAGAAGAAUGUUGGUGAUGAACAACUUAGAAAGUACCUCUUGGGACUCUUGCCGCAUUUGGUGUACUAUAACAGACAAGGAGCUAAAGAUGCUCGGCUCGGGACGAGCACACUACAGUUGGAACGAGGUCUCAGAUCAUCAGAGAUGAAAAACAGUGGCCGGAAGAGUAGCCUUGGUGCGUCCAACACCCAUAAAGGUGGAUCAUCUACAGCUCGUAAAGGUUCGGGUUUGCAGAAAAGAUCUAAGGAGAGAAGCAGCCGUCUUCCGCCUGUGGGACACAGAGUAUCGCCAGCUGCUUACGAGAAUUAUCAUGUUGCUGCUGCUGAUAGGUUGUCUAGUUUGAGAUCUGAGCUCUCAAUGAGAAGAAGUCGAAGUGAAGGAACUCUUGGACCUGUCUGAUCUCUCCCUCCCUCUUGUUUCCUGAGAAUUCCUCUACGAGGUAAUGAUGAAGAUGCUUUCCUUUAUGCACUAUACGUCAUCCCUAUCUUCAUGUUUCAUCUUUGUGUUUUUGUUGUUGUGCAUUAAAAAUUACUUCAGAGAAGCUUUGUUUCUUCCUUCUAGCUUCUCAAUAAGGUCUGAAAUUGGAAACAGUGUUAUAUGCAUUCUUUUCAGCACAGUUUGAGUUAUACUAUAUUGCAAAGAGACUUUGAAUCUCUUGUCUCUUUA